UUCUGGAUUCGCGUCAGUUGUUGUCUUAUAUUCGAUCGAUAUGGAUUUCAAGGGAAAAGUGGUUCUUAUAACCGGUGCAAGCAGUGGAAUCGGUGCUGCCACUGCUAAGUAUCUGGCAGAGCUUGGCGCCACCGUCGUAUUGACAGGAAGGAACGCUGAAAAUUUAAAUCAAGUUGGUUCCCAAUGCGAAGCUGUAGGGAAAGCAAAACCAUUAUUAAUUGUCGCAGAUGUUACGAAAGAAGCAGACAAUGCCCGCGUGAUUGAAACAACAAUUGCGAAAUUGGGUAAACUGGAUGUUUUGGUUAACAAUGCCGGUAAAGGAACUUCGGGAUCCAUUGAGACUACUAGUUUAGCAGAGUAUGAUGACAUUAUGACAACAAAUGUGAGGGCGGUUUUCAACUUAACCCAGCUAGCUGUUCCACACUUGAUCAAAAGUAAAGGAAAUAUUGUAAACGUUUCCAGUGUGGCAGGCACAAGGUCCUUUGCAAACAUUUUAGCUUAUUGUGUUUCGAAAUCAGCUUUAGAUCAGUUCACCAGAUGUACUGCCUUGGAGUUGGCUCCGAAACAAGUCAGAGUUAACUCGGUCAAUCCAGCGGUCAUCAUAACAGACUUCCAUAAGCGACUAGGGAUGGAUGAUGUCGCGUAUGAAGCAUACUUGAAACAUUCGGCCAAGACGCAUGCGCUGGGACGCGUAGGUCAAGCUAGUGAAGUUGCAUCCGCUAUAGCGUUCUUAGCUGGAGAUACCGCCAGCUUUAUCACUGGUAUGCAGCUUUGCGUUGAUGGCGGAAAAAAUAUAAUGUGCCCACGUUAAAUAAAGUGUUUGGAACUUUUGGUUGAUUUA